CUCAUUCACUCCACACAGCUGUUGCCUGAGUCUACUAGCUGAGAGAGAACGCAGGCGAUGGGGAUGGUUACAGUGAUUGGCAUGGACUGGUUGGGCCGAAGGGCUUUGUAUCCGUGCCGUAUUGCUCUAUAUCUAUAAGAGAGGCUGUCCUAUCAAGAGGGGCUAGUGUUGGUCAAAAUUCCUUGGGUUUAAAUGAAUGAGGGGCCUCAUAAUAAGGGAGUUUGGUUGUUUUCACCAGUGGGAAGAGUCACAAACAAGGAUACAAACUGGAUUCGGAACGGAACUGAGGUACCUCAGUAGGCAAAGCAAGUGAAAAGCAUACUGUUCCUACGGUAUGAAUUAUUACACAGCGCUUGAGGCAGUACAAGAUAAUCACAUUCACGUCUAUUAUGAAUUUGAAAGGCUGCUCAAAUGAUCAAACACUCAGGCAUUUGGGUCAUCACCAACUUAAUCUGGAAGCAGAAUCAUUUCAGAAGGGCCUACAGAGAAUUUGAGAAGCUGAGGUCAGUUAUGACCACAUCUAGGUUUUGGUUGUCUUAUAAAAAUGGACAAAAUGUUAUAUACGGGCAACAGUCAGCAAGGUACUGUCAACAUUUUAGUGAAUUGCUACAACUAGAAGUUGUAAGGAAAUACAUCGGGGCCCUGAAAGAAGAAUACAAAGAAAUUAACGAUGGAGCAAAUUGCAUACAGCCUCAAAAUGAAGAAAGAAAAUUUUUAAGUGCUCAUCAUGUUGAGCUCGCUCCACUUGUACCUCUCUUGGAAGGGAUUCAUUCAUCAGAAAAAGAUUUACUGGAGUUGGAAUUAAUGUAUGAGAGUAUGAAAGCCAGUACUGACCUAGAGCUGAUGCCAUUGCUCCUUGAAGAACGUCAGCAACUCAUCAAAAGCAUUGAAGUGUUGCAAGAAAAGCUCCUUCAGACUCUGGUACAGAGGGAUGAACACGACAAAAAUAAUGUGAUUCUUGAGGUGACGUCUGGAAGAACAACAGGAGGUGAUAUUUGCCAGCAGUUUACAAGGGAAAUAUUUGAUAUGUACAAAAAUUAUGCAGAUUACAGGAACUGGAAUUUUGAAGUACUGAACUACACGCCUGCUGACUAUGGAGGAUUGCACCAUGCUUCAGCGUGCGUUUCAGGGGAAAAUGUGUAUCGUUUCUUAAAACAUGAAGGUGGGACCCACAGAGUUCAGAGGAUUCCUGAAAUAGGCCUAUCAUCACGGAUGCAACGCAUUCACACCGGCACCAUGACUGUCAUUGUUCUACCUAAGAUUGAUGAGGUAGACAUUAAAAUAGAUGUCAAUGAUCUAAGGAUCGAUACAUUUCGAGCCAGAGGAGCAGGGGGGCAGCAUGUAAACACGACUGACAGUGCUGUGAGGAUCGUCCAUAUUCCAACAAGAUUGACAAUAGAAUGCCAACAGCACCGAUCACAGUUAGAAAAUAAAAAGUUGGCCAUGGACGCAUUGAAAGCAAAAUUAUACCAGAAGGUUGCGGACAAAGAACUGGAGAGCAUGCAAAGUACCCGGAAACUGCAGGUUGGAACAAGAGCCCAGUCAGAAAGAAUUCGUACCUAUAACUUCACUCAGGACAGGGUUACAGAUCACCGAAUCAACUAUGUUUUGAGGGAUAUUAAGGAGGUGCUAUGUGGUGGCAGACAGCUGGAUGAACUGAUUAAUAAACUUCUGGAAUCAGCAGAAAAGGAAGCUGUGCUGGAACUUAUAGAAACAAGUAAUAAAAAGGCUACAGAAGGCAGUUAAAGCUAAAAUAACCGAACUAAAUUCAUCAUGGAAAAUACACACUGACUUGAGUAUCCAUGUGUAUUGGAAACUGGCAUACUUGUUUCAAAAUAACCCAAAGCACAGGUCCAUUAAUUUUAUAGCUUUAUGGAGUUAAUGAUUAACCACUUUAAAUUUCAGUCCCAGUUGUUUUCCCUGAGCUACAGCUGGUCACUGCUUAGGUUUAAUCUGUCUGGGUUGCAGGAGUAAAGACAGAGUGACUUUUAGGGUUGUGAAGGAACCUGUAAUAUAAACACUUUUCAAAUGACAGUAGGGAAAUACAUUUCAACACAAACUGCUUGCUUUGUGCCUCAGGGAAACCAUUCAAUAAUGUCCAUUUUGACAGGAGUUCCCUGCUGAUGCAGGUAUAAUAGUUUUCAAGAUAUAGUCUGAAUAAUAUUGUUAUGCAGUUACAAAACAUCUAGAUUGACACGUUACAAACUGACCAGCCUGAGCCUAUGGGGGAAAUCAGUUCAGCUCCCCUCUUUACCCAUAUAGCAGAAGACUUCCAAAGUAUUAAGUAAAACCUUAAUGUAUUAGCCACCAAUAAUAAAGCUGCAUAUUUGUUGUAUAAUUUAUUCCCCCUACUGCACAUUCUUAAUGCAUUUAUUUUUUCACUACAGUAGAAACACAGCAAUAUACACGUAGCUGGUAAAAUUGCUGCCUCUCAGCACCAGUGGUCUGGGUUCAGUCUUGAACUCGGUUGCUGUCCGUGUGGAAUUUC